GUAUCGAUACUAUCUUUACGCAAACAAAGCGAUUCGCGUACGUCUAUUAUUAUUUUGGGCAGUAUUUAUUAUAAUUUCGGUCGAAAAGCGUCGCUAGCUUCACCACAGCAUUCUAUAUAUAACCAAGAUUCGUUUGCCUGUUGCGCGUGUGUAGAAUUUCUUUUGCAUGUUGACGGAAUCACUGCAAAAGAAAAUCUCUACACCAAGUCAACAACGCAGCGCCCUGCGACCUCGAGACGCAGCCAGUGCAAUACAUUGAAAUGCAAAAUUACGGCGUUGGAGCUGCUAAUUCUGCUGCAGCAGCUGCAGCUCCAGCCGUUAAACGCCGUACCGACAGCUAUGAAGCUGCCCAACACCACCCACAUACGCCCAGCAGCGGGGAGAACUCACGCUGUGAAAGCGAUGAGGAGUACGUGAACACCAGGAUAUUGAGACGACGCAUGGAAUUACAAUCGACGCCUGUAGUGACUGUGACAGCAGCAGCAGCAACCACAUCGAUGUCGCCACAAGGUCAUGUGGAGCAGCCGGAGUUUCCAGCGCCAACAUCCUCGGCAUCAUCCUACAACGAGGAGCGUAUGCGUCGCAAGCUGCAGUUCUUUUUUAUGAAUCCCAUUGAGAAGUGGCAGGCGCGACGCAAGUUUCCCUACAAAUUUGUGGUGCAGAUUGUCAAGAUUGUUUUGGUGACGAUGCAGUUAUGUCUGUUUGCCCAUUCACGAUAUAACCACAUCAACUAUACCUGGGAUAAUCGUAUUGCAUUUUCGCAUUUGUUUUUGAAUGGAUGGGAUUCUUCACGAGAAGUCGAGAGCUAUCCUCCAGCAGUGGGACCAUUUGCGUUAUAUAAAAAAUCCGAGUUCUUCGACACUGUGCAAUAUGCGGUUGUGGGAUAUGACAAUAUCAGUCAUUCCAUUGGACCAUAUUUUUAUCCCACUCCGAACAAUACGAUGCCGCCAUUAACACUCUGCCUGUGGAACUAUAAGGAGGGUACCAUUUUUGGCUUCAAUGAAUCGUAUAUAUUUGAUCCGCAUAUCGAGAAGAUAUGCGAGAAAUUACCACAAAAUGUAUCAACUAUUGGAGUGGAACAAUAUCUAGAAGAUCGUGGAGUUGAAGUCAACUUUGCUUCGCUAGUGACAGCGGAGUUGACGUUCAAGAUCAAGACUGUGAACUUUAAGGCGAAUGGAGGACCAUUGUCUGCACCGGAUUGCUUUAAGUUUGAUGUAUCAAUAUUGUUUAACAAUCGAGAUCACGAUGGACAAAUGCUGCUAUCGCUAGAUGCGGAAGCAACGCGUUUAAAGUGCAAAGGCGAUACGGAUUUCAUAUCGGAAGCGCAUUUUGAUGCAAUACUCAGAAGUAUUCUGAACAUCUUUGUGUUGCUAACCUGUGCCUUAUCCUUUUCACUGUGUAUUCGCGCUCUUUGGCGAGCCUAUUUGCUGAGAUGCACUACGGUAAACUUCUUCCGUUCACAUUUUGGCAAGGAAUUGAGUUUCGAUGGCCGUCUGGAGUUUGUCAACUUCUGGUAUAUUAUGAUCAUCUUUAAUGAUGUGCUGCUGAUUAUUGGCUCAGCGCUGAAGGAACAAAUCGAAGGUCGUUAUAUGGUGGUGGAUCAAUGGGACACCUGCUCAUUAUUCUUGGGCAUUGGCAAUAUGCUCGUAUGGUUUGGCGUGCUGCGGUAUUUGGGCUUCUUCAAGACCUAUAAUGUUGUAAUACUCACACUGAAGAAAGCAGCGCCGAAAAUACUACGCUUUUUAAUCGCCGCCCUGUUGAUCUAUGCCGGAUUUGUAUUUUGCGGCUGGCUUAUACUGGGACCUUAUCACAUGAAGUUCCGUUCGUUGGCCACCACCUCAGAGUGCCUAUUUGCGUUGAUCAACGGCGAUGACAUGUUCGCGACCUUUGCGACGCUCUCGACUAAAGCGACUUGGCUUUGGUGGUUCUGUCAGAUCUAUUUGUACUCGUUCAUAUCGCUAUACAUCUAUGUGGUGCUAUCACUGUUUAUUGCGGUUAUUAUGGAUGCAUACGAUACGAUUAAGUCGUACUAUAAGGAGGGAUUCCCAAUCUCCGAUCUCAAAGCCUUUGUGGGCACCCGAACCGCCGAGGACAUUAGCUCUGGUGUAUUUAUGAACGAUCUGGAUGACUUUGAGCAGACCAGUUUUUUGGAUGUGAUGAAAAGCAUUUGCUGCUGUCAUUGUUGUAGACGUCGAGCGGAGCCUGCUCAAGGCGCCAGCGGCUACACAAGUCUAUCGAGUAUUAUGAAGUGAUGAUCAUAAUUGAUAAGCCAUAGAAAUUUGUUUUUAUGCCUUAUAAGCUUAGUCAAUAUUGUUGUUAGCUUGUUGUAUAUUGAUUUUACCAAUUUUUUCGUAGCCAAAGUUUACUGGUCAUGAGCUUGAAAUGAGGACCUCCAAUUUACGUACGUACAAUGAGAAUUAUUCACGAAAAUCUACUGCCAGUUUCUCUAGUAAGUUCAUUUUUUCAAUCUACAAUGACGAGAUGCGCGACUGGCAGCAUUAGCUGAGUCCAUAGAUAGAUUUUCAAUUCAAAACAAAAGAUAUUAUAGUAUGAACACAAUACCAAGUUAAAACCUAAUGUAUAUAUAUUAUUAUAUAUAUAAAUGAGUGUGAUAACGUAUGAAAUAACAAAACAAUAGCAUGAGAACAUGAUAUGAGUAGCAUGGGAACAUUUUUGGUAUACAAAUGGCAUCAAGAUCUUCCAUGUACACGAUUUAUCGAAACGAGUUUACGUACAAAUAAGAAAGUCACUGAAUUCAAAAAUAAUAAUAUUGUAAUUGUAGUUUAAUAUGUUUAAUAGAUUUAUGUUUACAAUGAAACGCUUGUAAAAUAUCCAAAAAUGCAAUAAAACUGUUGAGCCUAUCUGAAA